AGUUCAUACACGGAUGUUUAUAACUACACUUGACUGGAUGUCAAAAGUCUAAGGGGCGGAUCACAAGGGGACGUUUCAACAAUGCCGCCUCAUCAUUCUCUGUUCCUCAACCCGCCCAAGUUGGUGGGAAACAUGGCACUGUGUCCUCUAAGAACAAAUUUUAAAGGACCUGCUCCACAAGACACUAGUGAUUUUGAUAUAGUGGACGAGGGAAUAUACUACUUUAAAUCCAAUAUUUUCUUCAAGAACUACGAAAUAAAGAGCGAAGCGGAUCGUACUCUGAUCUACAUAACAUUAUUCAUAUCCGAAUGUAUUAAGAAAUUACAAAAGUGUACAUCGCAGAAACAGGGCCAUAAAGAGAUGCAUACCCUAGGAUUGAAGAAGUAUCCUAUUCCAGGAGAACCUGGUUUCCCGCUUAAUGCAUUAUAUGCUAAACCAUCUCGCGGCGAAGAAGAUACUAUGAGGACGUACCUCCAGCAGAUCCGACAAGAGACAGCACUUCGUAUGUGUGAACAAGUGAUCGAUUCUGAAACAGACAAACCAAGCAAGUGGUGGACGUGUUUUGUGAAAAGAAAAUUCUUGGAAAUGAGUCUUUCGCCUGCAGGACAAUAAGGAACAAAUACAAAUGGACAUCAUAUUUUAUCAUGUAGUGGGCCCAUUGUUACCUUGUUUACAAAUAUAUUCAUACCCAUUAAAUCAAGGACUCUCACUUUACCAGUAAUGUAGCAUACCCCCUGAAAUCUCGUUAAAAACAUGACUUGAAAAUAAGACGGAUUUGCAAAUAAGCCGUCUUUGAUAAUAGGCCGUCUUUAAAAGAUGCGUUAGAUUUAAGGUACGAGCAAAAUGUUGCCAGUAUGCAAAAACAAGUUUUCAGGUAACAGUCAAAUAGCCUAGUUUUGUUAUACAUGUUGUAACAAUUCGAUAAAAGAAAAGAAUAUGUUCAUUUAUAAACCUGUAUAUCAUUCAUUUUCUGUGCAAAAAAGGAAGGACAUCAAAACAAUCCUUCGAUUGCUACCGGUGUAAAAGACUUCGAAAAUAAGAGUCUUGAAAAUAAGCCGGCUUCUAAAAAUGGCUGGGGUUCCAUACUAAAAUAGGAAACAAACCGCGCCUAAGAAUUGAGAUUUUAGGGUAUCUCUAUUUAUACGCUGUGAAUAUGUAACUUCUUUGGAUAAAUCUGCUCUAGGCGAACAAAAAUGUCUCCAGUAUUGGUUAAUGAAGUGAUUCGCAUUGUUGUUGCUAUAUGGAUAUUCUGUUGUGUGUAGUAUGCAUUAUAAUCAUUGUGGGUUUUCCCUACAUCACCAACCUGUUACUACUAGAAUUCGAUAUAAUUUACUAUCUCACGUUCUUGGUACCCCAUGUUAAAUAAUGGGAACAUUGUUGUAUUGGUAUUAGAUGCUUAAUAACUCACUUGUACGUCAUACUGUGUUUUGUUCACAGAUCACGUGUAUUUUCAUUUUGAAAUAAAAAGGUUUUUUUUUUGUCUUUUCUGGUUCCAGUACGUUUGUAUGUUAUUGCGAUCCUGCUUGAAAAUUGAUAUUUGUUGAGAUAUCUCACAUGUUAAUUCCUAACAUUGACGUGAAUUGUGUUCUAAAAUAAUGUUUCUGUCAAGGAAACCUCUGAAUAGACACUUGUCAAAUGUUUUAAAUACGAACUUUCAUAUUUUGAAUAAAUUUAAUAAAU